AUGGCAAAUUUCGAUCAGGUAUCCCUGUUGCUGCUGGUUUUGGUUCCGCUGGCCGGCGGAAUGCUGGCCAUGUUCCUGCCCAAAGACCGGCCGCGAGACGCGUGGCAGUUCGCAAUUCUGGUGGCGGCUGUCUCGCUGGCGCUGGCGGUGGUGGUGUUUGUGCGCUAUGACUACGGCGAUGGCGGCAUUCAGUUUCAGAGGGAGUUUGCCUGGAUUGGCCAUCCCAUCAACAUCAAUCUUUCGUUCGGGUUGAACGGCAUCGGAGCGCCCCUGGUUUUGCUCAACGGCAUUGUGCUGAUGGGUGCGGUUCUGAUCAGCCAGACCAUCCGCCGUCGCACUCGAGACUUCUUCGUGCUGCUACUGGCGUUGGGAGCGGGAGUGUACGGCGUAUUCAUAGUGCGCGAUCUGUUCUUCCUGUUCUUUUUCUACGAAUUGGCCGUAUUACCGAUGUAUUUGCUGAUCGGGGUUUGGGGCAGCAGCACCGAUUUCAAAGACUUCCUGCGCACCAAAGAGUACGGGGCAAUGAAACUGAUGGUCAUGCUGGUCGCCGGAAGCGUAUUGAUCUGGAUCGGGAUUCUGGCGUUGUACGUGGCGUCCUCCCGGGCCGGCUUGCCCAGUUUCAACAUCGAUGUCCUGUCCGAAUUGGAGGCGGGCGGUUACAUCAGCCGCGGUCUGCAGAUCUGGGUGUUCCCGCUGUUCAUGGUGGGAUUCGGCGUGCUGGCCGGAUUGUGGCCGCUGCAUACCUGGUCACCGGAUGGGCACGUGGCGGCUCCCACGGGAGUGAGUAUGCUGCAUGCCGGUGUGCUGAUGAAGCUGGGCGCCUUCGGUAUCAUUCAGGUGGGCAUGGUACUCACCCCGGAUGGAGCCGAGGUUUGGAUGCCGGUGUUGAUCGGCCUGGGAACCGUGAACGUCGUGUACGGGGCGAUUUCUGCCAUGUCCCAAAACGACCUGAAGUAUGUAAUCGGAUAUUCCAGUGUCAGCCACAUGGGUUAUGUAUUGAUGGGAAUCGCUACGCUGCAUCCGGUUGGACUGGCCGGAGCGGUGUUGCAAAUGUUCUCCCACGGCAUCAUGACGGCGCUAAUGUUUGCAAUGGUGGGUGCGAUCUACGAGCGAGCCCACAUACGGGAUUCACUGAUAUUGAACGGUUUGGUCAAGCGAAUGGGAGUAACCACGUUCUUUUUCGCGGCUGCCGGUCUGGCGUCGUUGGGUUUGCCCGGAAUGAGCGGGUUCAUCGCGGAGUUUAUGGUUUUCACCGGAGCGUUCCGUACCUAUUGGCCGCUUGCCGUGUUGGGAGUCAUCGGCGCCGCGAUAACAGCGGUGUAUAUCCUGAGGCUGCUGGCGCGAUCAUUCUUCGGUGAGGGCGAUCCACAGUGGGAUCACCUCACUGACGCCAGCCCGGUGGAGAAGGGCGUUGGCGCUGUUUUCGUUGGGAUCAUCAUUGCAGUGGGAAUUUGGCCGGCCCCCUUGCUGCGCGUAAUCAACACCGGCGUGGAAAGCACGCUGGCAGUGUUUUAG